CCUUCUUACAAGUUGACUUCACAAACUUAGAUUAUUUAAUUAGCUUGAAAUAUGGCAAAGAAAAAUUCUCGAAUUUCCUUCCACUCCCACCUUCUUUCACAUUUCCUCUUAAACGCGUCUUUGACGAACACAAGCAAUCGAAACAGAGUGAAAAAAAUUUGACAAAUCCCAGAGUUGUCUUCAUUUUCUGUAACUACGUUUACCCAGAAAACCAAACUGCAAAUAUAUUUUAAGAAUUUGGCAGAAGUUAAUGGCAUUCUGGGGAGGAACGCAACGGCAAACUAGACAACUGCUUGAGGUCACAGUUGAUCGAUGCUACAACUUGGAAGACACAGAACCAUUUGCGACCGAAUACUCGUGCGUUCUUGAAUAUGGUGAUUCCACAAGGAGGACCCGACCAUGCUUUGGUACGUAUAUGCUUUUAAUUUUGUUUUUACAACUUUCAAGCGUUUGGGUUGGGACUUUGGAAUUGGAAUUCAAAGGAAAUCACGCUGAAUCGAAUGGUUCAUUAGGUAGAGGCACACACCCAGUGUUUGAGGAGAAAUUCGUUUUCGAAUUCACUGAAAGAGUUAUAGAAUUGAACAUUUGGGUAUUAGCCAAUAAACCCCCAAGAAACGAUGAAGUUAUUGGCUCUCUAAGAGUUCAGCUCCAACAACUACCUUCCGAUGGUUAUGUUGAGUCUACCUGGACUCUCCAGAAGACAGAUGGCAGGCCUGCAGGCUAUAUACGGCUCACAUUGCAAUUUCCCACUUCCAGUUGUAGAUUGGAGCGGCAAGACUCGUAUUACCCAGCGCCAAGGUUGGAUUCUACGGCUCCUCUAGAAGCAGUUGCAACCCAACGCCCAAUUUUGUACCAACUCCUACCGUAUGAUGCCGCUCCGCCGCCGAGGCCAAUACAGCCAAAUGGCACAGGACCCACCACUCUUUGGUCCCAACUCCUGCCGUAUGGUGCCCUUCCGCCGUCGAGCCCAACGCAGCCAAAUAGCACAAGACCCGCCGCUCUCUGGUCCCAAUUCCGGCCGUAUGGUUCUCCACCAUCGGCUCCCCCUGCAGGCUACCCUUUAUCACAGUACCCAAUUCAUCCUCCACCUCCACCAGGCUCAGGCCCCUCUGGCAUUUACCCGCCUCCACCACGUUGACGACUCACCUCCCAUGUUGUGUAGAUUAAGUUUGAGAAAAUUUCUACUAUGUUAUCGAUUGAUAAAUUAUUCUUUAAUGUGAUUAGAUCUCCUUUUCGUCAUUUUUAAUUAGUGGUUAUGUGAGUGCAAUCAAGGGUUGUGUAUGCGUUACUACAAUUUUUCAUAUGAAAUUUAAAUGAGAUGGAGUACCGAGUGAUGUAAAACUUGAAAGUGAUGGUUUUUAGUUGAUAUAUUUAUAAUUUAGAGAAGAAUGUCUUUGACGAUUGGCAUUAAUUAAUAAGUUUGAUGGUCGUUACCAAGUAAUUAAUUAGUUUUCAAGCUGUCCCAUUGUCCCCAGGUCUUAUUAAAUUGAUUCAUACAGAGGAGGAUUAGUUGAAACUUAAAAGCAAAUUAAAAGCAAAGAAACACUUUCAUGUUUCCUUUUUCAUCUUCCACUUAUCUUCUUUGCCCUCAUUUAUUUGCCUUCUCCAACCAAAGAUUUACUGCAAAUAGUAGAAGAUGAACAUAUUCCAGCCGAAACAAAACAAAUCGAGCCAAGAGUCUGAUUAAUGGGCCUAGUAUUGGGCCUUAGCAACUGCUUAGACAAUCAUAGCUACCCAAUGGACCUGUGUGUUGAAGGAACUUUAUUACUGUCCCCAAACAAACGACGAUGGUUGAUACUCACUAGUCCAUUCUACAUUCCUACCCUAUUAUAUCUUCAUCGAUAUGCCAGACAGCUAACAACCAAAAUAGUUUCUAGUAAGAUAAAUGCUUGAAAUCGAAAACUGAAAAGAUGCUCAAUUUGGAACAAAAGAGGACCUUUUAGUCCAAAAAUAAUCCUGAUUACUAAAAGCACUCGCACUCCAUUAUGCACGACCUUCAAUCCUAUAUCAUGGUGACCUAUAAUUCGGCAUUUUCAAGUUGUAUGCAUAUGACAUGCUGGCAUCUUUUAACAAACAUUUCUCAGUUUUUACUUACAUGAAUUUAAUUUCUGGUGGAACCAAAUAUGUGGUCUUCACUUGCUUCCUGUUGAGUCAUGUCUACACUUUCUCCCUCGCACAGGAUACUUUUCCAUGCAGCUGGCACAAAUGUUAGUUGUUGUAUAGACAUUGUAGUGUUAAUUGCCACAUGGAUAAUGUAAACUGGUAAAUAAACAGACCUCACAGUACAAAAAGUGAAUUCAACAGUUUACAUUAAGAUGCUCCUCCUUUGAACUGAAUCAUGAUUUCAUAAAACCAGGAACAUAAGUGUUGAAACUAAGACGACCUUUUACUGUGAAAAAGAUUCAUACAAUAAUCAGACUUUAGAUCUCCCCAAGAAUUACUGCACCUAUGAGAUCCAAUCCAACCACCUCAUAUAAAUUUUGCUCCUUGUGGGGGGGACAGGCACCGGUUUUAAUUCAAGCAAAUAUUAAUGAGCUUGACGGCCUCACCCCGUCUCUCUUAUAUUUAUGUGGCAACUUACAUCAAAUUGUUUUGUAAACAAGCAAUCGGAGCUGCAAUGUUUGACCACAGAGGAAAAGAACUUAUAGGUCAGCAUACUGCAAUUCUGUACCGGUCAAAUGCAUUAAAAAAAAUAUAAAACUCCCAUAAAUGCGGGAGAAGGGUAAUUACAAUGCGAUAUUGAUGCUAAAGCGAACAGAUAUAAGAUAUUGUGUAUCAUCAAUGCAAUUAACAACUAGGGGCAACAUCAACAAAAGUAGGAGGAUAUGGAGAGACUUCCCACCAAGUAUUUCGGUGCAAAUUUCAAUUGUACAGAUCCGUUCAGCUCAGAAGGUAAUUUUCCUUUUGGUACAACUUCAUCAAAUGCAUCCAGAUAAAGUAAAUACAUGCUUCAACAGUCAACGUUCUACAAUACCUUCACCAGCAGAAUUGAGGAACCCUUGAUCUUCCGGUGAACAAAGGCUGUAGCCUCCCUAUCAAAUUUCCACUGAAAACUAUAACAAAUCUCUAUGGAACAUAAGACAAAGCAAAGCAAGUUGUAAGCUACCUUUGUCUCCUUUACAUCAAGUCAAGUAAAAAAAAAAAAAAAAAAAAAA